AGCACUUGAGUGUAAUUCCAUGUGGGAGGAGGAUGGGUGGGUUUAAGAGCAGCUAUCAGGUCUUUUCUUCUCACACGCUCCGUUGUGCGCACGGACUGAGGAGAAAAUCAAAGAGCAGGUCCACCUCCCCAUGCGAUGUGCAGCAGCUUCAACAUCUGUGAAGUGGCUGCCUCACCCGGUCGGACCGGAGGCCGUCUGGUCUCCGAUCUGGUCUCAGGAGUCACCAGGGGAGACUCGACGCGUUCCGUUGGGGCCAGGCUGUGCGCCUCUCGGAUCACACCGGAGCCGGCUCGGGCUCUCGCUAUGGAGGUGAUGGAAGGGGACGUUAUGGACAAGCUGGAGGACAUGUCAUCGGUGUACGACUUUGACCCGAUCACUGGCAACAUUCCGGCCACGAAAGUGGAGAUCACCGUCUCUUGCAGAAACCUGCUGGAUAAAGACACUUUCUCAAAGUCUGAUCCAAUGUGUGUGCUGUAUACGCAGGGGGUUGAAACCAAACAGUGGAGAGAGUUUGGAAGGACGGAGGUGAUAGACAACACCCUAAACCCCGACUUUGUCAGAAAGUACAUCUUGGACUACUUUUUUGAGGAGAAACAGAACCUUCGCUUUGACUUGUAUGACGUUGACUCGAAAAGCCCAGACCUGUCCAAACAUCCCGCAGAACUCAAUGACUUUUUAGGUCAGAUGUUCUGCACACUCGGGGAGAUUGUUGGAUCACCAGCCAGUCGACUGGAAAAACCACUGGGAGGGAUCCCCGGGAAGAAAUGUGGCGCAAUCAUCCUGAGUGCAGAAGAGCUCAGCAACUGUCGAGACAGUGCCACAAUGCAGUUCUGUGCCAACAAGCUGGACAAAAAGGACUUUUUUGGCAAAUCUGAUCCUUUCAUGGUUUUCUACAGAAGCAACGAGGAUGGAACGUUUACUAUCUGUCACAAAACAGAGGUGGUGAAGAACACAUUAAAUCCAGUGUGGCAGCCUUUUACCAUCCCAGUGAGAGCACUCUGCAACGGAGACUAUGACAGAACAAUCAAGGUGGAGGUGUAUGACUGGGACCGAGACGGCAGCCACGACUUCAUUGGGGAUUUCACAACCAGCUACAGAGAGCUAGCUCGAGGGCAGAGUCAGUUCAAUGUGUACGAGGUGAUAAAUACAAAGAAGAAAAUGAAGAAAAAGAAAUAUGUUAACUCAGGAACAGUGACCCUACUCUCAUUCUCUGUUGAGUCAGAGUUCACCUUCCUAGAUUACAUCAAAGGAGGGACACAGAUCAAUUUCACUGUGGCCAUUGAUUUCACAGCAUCUAAUGGUAAUCCCUCGCAGUCUACUUCACUGCACUACAUGAACCCCUACCAGCUGAACGCCUAUGCCAUGGCCCUGAAGGCGGUGGGUGAAAUCAUUCAGGACUACGACAGCGACAAGAUGUUUCCAGCUUUAGGCUUUGGAGCAAAACUGCCUCCUGAUGGCCGAGUGUCUCACGAGUUCCCACUGAAUGGAAACAUGGAAAAUCCCUAUUGCAACGGUAUUGAGGGCAUCCUAGAGGCAUACCAUCAAAGUCUGAAGACAGUGCAAUUAUACGGGCCAACCAAUUUCGCCCCUGUAGUGAACCAUGUUGCCAGAUAUGCAGCGGCAGUGCAGGAUGGCUCCCAGUACUUUGUCCUCCUAAUCAUCACAGAUGGUGUCAUUUCAGACAUGGCCCAGACCAAAGAAGCCAUCGUAAAUGCUGCCAAGCUUCCUAUGUCCAUCAUCAUUGUAGGAGUGGGUCAAGCUGAGUUUGACGCUAUGGUGGAGCUGGAUGGCGACGACAUCAGGGUCUCAUCUCGAGGGAAACUGGCAGAAAGAGACAUUGUUCAGUUUGUUCCUUUUAGAGAUUACAUGGACCGGACGGGAAACCACGUGUUGAGCAUGGCGCGGCUUGCCAAAGACGUGCUAGCAGAAAUCCCUGACCAGUUUAUCUCGUACAUGAAGACCAGAGGGAUCAAACCCAACCCUGCACCGCCGCCAUACACUCCACCUGGAAACACACACCAUCACACACAAAUCUGAGACCCUUCUGGUGGCUUUUCACUGAGGACAGCUAGCAUGCAGCAGCCACUCAGAGUCCAGUGGGAACUCUCUACCUCCUGAUUUUAUUUUACUUUUUUUGCUGUGAACAGGAGACCAAGAAAUGGGUGUAAAGUUUUGUGCUGUACCCCCUGUUGACUACAGAAGCAGUAUUUUUUUUUUCUUUUAUGGCUUGGGUUUUGUUUCUACUGUGAUGUUUCUUUGUAGUCUCUCUUCAGGAGAUGCUGACCCAACUUUUCAGGGCUUGCUGCUGAAAGCCUUUCGGGCAGUGACUGUUUCACGUCUACUUUUGACAGCAGGUUGAUUCAAAGAGGUCAUGUCGUGGUUGAACCUUGUGCCUGUCUGUGCUCGUUUCUCUAAGUGUAUCAGGACAUGUAAACUUGACCCAAACCCUGCUUGUCACUCAUCAGUGUGGCCUAAUGCAGUGAUAUUUUUUUAGCCACCUUCUCCUUCUCAAAUACGUUUUUAUAUUAGGGGUUGAUCUCCAUUUCUGAUAAUGACAUUUCCGAUACUUUCCAAGUAACACCACCUACUUUCCUCUUUAAUACUAAAUGUUUGUAUGAGCAUGUCGUAUGAGAUUUAUUUGCAUUUUUUAAGAAUGGCAUGGAUAUUUGAUAUAUUUAAUUUUAAAAGUUAAAUAAACCUAAUCAAUUUUAAUUAUUAUUAUUUGAGUGACUGAAUUUAAAAGCUAGCACAACUACAAUGACUGUACCCAAUUGUUCGUAUACUAUCAGUUGGGGAGCUGCUAAUCAUUAACCUUGAGGAAGUCAUUUAUCCUUUUCAAAUUUUUUUAGUCUGCCACCAACAUUUUAUAUAAAAUUCAAAGUUAAGUUUAGGGAAAAUUGAUUCCUAUCACUUUGUUUGUGGGAGGUUUAUCUAAAAGCCCAUUGUAUAUCCACACAGAUGUUUAUGGAGCCAGACCAAGGCAUAAAUGUAACCAUCAGGAGUCACACAAGAACAGCUGAAUUCUCGUGUAGAAGACAGAGAGUAGUUUUUUUUCUCCUUCUGUUUAUUGACAAUGAGCAUACUUUUAAAUAUAAACUGUUUCAGGACACUCAUUCAAAAGAUGUAAGUAUUUAACAUUUAAAAUUACAUUUUUAAAUGUUUUCUUAGCUCAAAAUAAGCAGCAAAUGCGCUAAUUGCAUAUAAUACAGUAUAUCACCGCAGCUAUAAUGAAAUCCUUUCUACUACUUUACAAUCACAUAGAAGCAGACCCAAUUAAACUUGGAAUCAAUCAAAUUUUAAGCUCUUUUUACUCUUAGAAGAGAUUAAAGAGAUAGGAAACACUGCCUAAUGAGGACGCCUUCAAACCAGACUAAGAUCACACCUCAAUGUAAAAAAAUAAAUAAAAAAUAAGUCAGAACAAGGAUGGUCCCUAUAGGUUUGUUAAGAGGUCAUCUGAGGUACAUCAAGAACACAGUGCUCUCUCCAUUAUUCACUUUGGGGUGUGAGAGUUCCCUGAUUGCUGAAAAUGCAUAAAUGCAUAAAAACUUAUACAUUGAGAUGAUGGUUGUUCAUCAAAAUCAUGUUGGUUACCCAACUGUGUCUAUGGUCCAUCCUGGAGGAGACUGAUAGCAGCAGGGACCACUUAUCCAUGAGGUGUGGCUUGGUCCAUUUUUUUGGUCAUCAGAAAAUCUGAGCACUACUGCUUCUUUUCACAGAGCAAUCACUGCUCUGUCGAGAAUGAAAAAGCCGGCACCGAAUGGUCCCCAGAGAGCACCUGAUGUAUGCUGAAGUAGAUAAGUUGAUAAUGGUCAGGUGUGACUGGCUCCGUCUUGAGGGUAAUUGAAGGGAGAACAGAGACCUGAAUCGGAGUGGCUAAUGUUAUGGUGGAAAUUGUUUAACCAGGUUAUGGUCUAUAAGAUUCUGUUCGCAUCCUGAGUCAACAAGGGCCUAAGUUUGAAGAGUGCCAGCAUAGAGCAUGAUGGCAGCUGGGAGAAGACACCUUAGUGGAAGUGUCCAUCGGUAUACCUAUGUAGUCUGACAGACUCUCUUUUGGUGGGCUUGGGCAGGAUGCAAUGAAAUGUCCAGUUUUGUCACAAUAUUUACAUUCCUCCGAAUCCUAUGAGAGUUGCCGUUUCUCCUGUGAGUGUACCCGAUUUGCACAGAUUCACCUUGAUUGAAGGACUGGAUUGGUGGGAUGGAGUGGGAGGGCUUCAGGUGAAAGUGGAAUAAGAGCUUGUUUUGGAACUGAAUUAUCGUUGCCUUUUCUUGCUUUUAUUUGAGGUUAUCUAUCCAGGUACCUAGGGAGCUUAGCUCAUUUAAUGGACUUUGGCUCACUUCAUAUUGCAAUUUUGUGUUUUAUUGUUUAUUUAAAGAGCACGUUACAAAGUUGUCCAGAGGCUAAGGGUUCCUGGGUGUGCAGCAAAUCAGCUGGUGAGUGGGCAGGGUCAGGGCUCGAAGUGGAAAGCUGUUUAUGACGACUAUGGAGACAGAUGUAUGUUCAAAAACAUGUUGGACCGGGAGCCAUUGGUAAGGAGAUCUAUAUGAGAAUUAUGGUUGGGUAUAUACUUUCUCAGGUACGCUCAGCAGUGGUUGACCAUCAGGCUCCAAAUGAUCGUCAGAGAGUUCUUUAAGUAUUCUGAAGUAGAUGAAUUGAUAACAGCUAGAUGGGGGUGUAGUUCUCAGCCAAGGCCAUGCCAUAGUUCUGAAGCUUCUGGAGAGAAAACACAAGCACACCCAGCACAAACAUACUGUAGUUCAAAACCAAGACAUAAGCACUCCCUUUCCAAGUUAAGCAUAGACAUUUGCGAUGAUGUUGACCUUAAAUCUAUCUGUAAUUUAGUUGCUCUGAAUUUUGACUAAAUUAAUGGUUAGAGGGUUAGGGUUACAACUACGUAGAUUAUAGGUAAAUACUGAAAUGAUAUAAAUAACUAUAAAUACUUUAGGUUAAGUUUAAGAGGUUAUCUUUUUAAAAUGUGUCAGUUAUGAGCUGAUAUGUCAAACAGCCACCACACAGUAGAUAUAAAAAAAAACUAGGUUGGGUUUUGACAGGCCUAUGGUUCCCGUUAGCAGUGCCUGUAGACAAGAACAUAACAUCUAAAUGUGUCCUUAGAGAUUUUAUUUUAUUUCAACAUAUUAAGAGGCUAUUUAAGAGGAUGGAUUAUUUUUGUAUGAUAUUUAGGUUGGAGUUAUGCAACCUAAUAUAAUUUUACUGAUCUGCCAUGGACAUAUAAUCCAAAAUGCCACCGAGUACAAUUGUACAACUUGUAUUCUUCAGAACUCUAUAUGAGUAAAGUCAUAAAGAGCAUAACGACUAUCUUGAUGUAAAAUAAGUACAAAUCUUUUAAGUAAAUUCUCAAAUUCUACGACCUUAGUGGGUUUUCCCUUUUAGGUAUAUACGUUUGUACUGCUAAUUUGUUUAUUUUAAUUUACAUGCAACAAUAACUAUUAAAACUCCACCUGAUUUCUGGAUGAGUAAGUCAAAAAGUCCCCAAAAAGAAGUUUAAUGGCACGUUAUAGUCAGGUGAUGUACCUCUUUGUUCUAUUUUUUUUUAGCAUGUUUGGAUUGGAUUACACUUAAUAGCUCAGAGCAGCUCUCUAAAAUAAGCUUGAAUGUAGUAUAGGGUUUGACUUAGCUAAAAUAUACAUAUUAAAGCAGGAUGUUGGAUGACAUUGUGGCAUUGCAUUGCUUUACAGUUACUCAUAAAAUAGAAGGUUUCCUAAAGCAAUGACUAGUGAUGAGUAGCCAAACAUCACUGGAGAGAAAGUUGUAGCUCAAGAAAGUAUCAUUUGUAGUCAGUCUUCAGAGUAAAAGCCAUUAUUUAUUUUCUAUGCAAAUGAACUCAUUAAAAAGUUUACAAAAUCAUAUUAGUGGGAAAACUCUGUUUUCUAAAAGGGCCACAAACAGCAAACUAUGACAAUGUUUUUGAUAUUUUCUGGUAGUAUCACAAUAGUAAGCUCAACUAGUGCUAAGCCUGUGAACAUAAAGACACCAUAUGAAAAAAAAAGACUGUCGCUGGCUACAUUUCUAAUUUACAUAUAAAUGCUGAGUUUAGUUCUCCAUAAGCGAGAAAGUUAACGCAAUGUAAUUUCAGAAGAAAUCUUCUAAUCAUCUUCUCUCAAAUGGACAUUAAUUAGGUAAAAGCAAUUUGCCGCAGCUUUUGUUUUCUUUAGCAUUAGUAUAUUUAGCACUAUACUGAGUAUUAGCCUGAUGACUUUCAACAUUGGACUUUGAUCUUCAGGGGGACAUGAAACCUUCUUUUGUUCAAAGUCAAGCUGUGGCCUGAGUUAAAAACCUUCCCCUUACAAGCAAUAUGAAAAGAAACUUACAAAGAAUAGAGACAAGAAGACAUUUUUUUCCUCUUUUAUAGUUGUUUUAGUUUGCACCUUUUAAUUGGCACCAUAGAAUGAGUUACAAUGACGAUUUUGCAGAGGAUGUUAAGCAGUUGAGAUGACAGAAAUAUGCAGCUAAACAUGUUCCAUUUUUUCCGCUCCUUUGCAUGCAGACUUCAGUCAGAAAUGUAGGUCAAUGUAAUGCUGAGAUAUUUCAGCAUGAUCCCUUCAUCAGAUUUCUACAUUUGUCAAAAUUGUGCUAUUCUUUAUGUGCCAAUUACAGAGGCUCUGCGAUUAGAGCAAUGCUGAUAUUGUAUUUAAGAUUAUUUUAAACAAGAAAAUAUAUAUACUGUAUAUUUCUAGGGGUAUACGGCCACCACUUCUGAGACGUAUGUGAAUGCAUGGAAAUGUUGGAAGACAACUGAAGCACUACUGGUUGGAAUAAUCUGUUACAAGGGUAAAAACACUCCUCAUGUGGCAUAGGUAUCCACAGCUCUGUUUUAAUUAUUAGAAUUUUCUUUUGUACACAUUUUCUUUCCAAAACACAAGAAAGAAAAAUUUGCGUGAUUGGAACAGAUUUUAUUUCAGGCUGUAUUAUCUUUUUGAAAUGUCCUCUCAAACCUCAUCUUUUUGCAGAAAUGUGCUUGGUCCAGUGGCUUUUGUCUUUUGUCUUACUAACAUAAAGUAAUUGUAAUGCACUUCCAAUAAUUACCUACUGCAGUGAAAUUAGUAAUAUUAAAUAAAAAAACAUUUCUCUAGUUUGUGUCUAAUCUAAAGUGGCUCUGAUUGAUAGACCAUAUAAUGAAAGAGUACAUGUUUCUUUGAAAGACAUCAGAGCAACAAAGAAGCAGAAUUAAUUUGAUUCAAAAGGCUUGUGCUCAAAUGUUUAAUGUAGCGAACUAUAAAGGCCUUAAUCAUUUGAACAGCAGUCACUCCAUCCUAUUUAGUCCUGUCCUAAUAGCAGAAGAUGGAUGGGUAAGGUUAGGAGUAAAGUAACGUCCGGUUUGAAUAAAGAGUCAAUUAUUAUAACUCCUUACUGGUACAAAAGUUUGCCUUCACAUCUUUGAACAUGUCAGAAACACAUUUUAUAGAGUAACCACAACUAGUUUGGCCUGAUAAUGAACAAGAUUGUCUUGUUAAGAGGAAAGUGUGAGUUCCUCUAAGUGUGAGUUCUAGGAUUUAAAGUUGUUGAAUUUUUAAUAACUAUCUUUUCUGUUGUUUUGCAGCUUUCUUGGGUUAGGAUCUUAGAUGAUUUCAGCAAAAGACUGUCCUGGGCUUAAACAGUCCCUUUCACAAAUGAAAGCACAUUUUAAAAAUGCUUUAUAAAGAAAAAAAAAAAACAUUUUUAGAAGAAGAAAUCUCCUUCAGCCAUUCAGAUCUAAUCUCUAAAGAGUAGGCUAACUGUAAAGGUUUUUAUAUAUUUUUUGGAUGAUUGCUGUCUUAAAAAUAUUUGUUACAUUUUUUAGAACAUUAUGAAAAGCCAUUGAUCCUUUUAUCCUAUCAAGCUCUAAAAUUAUCUUUAUCAAAUGCAUGUUGUUUGUAUGCCUUCUUCUAUAGGAGAAAAAAAUAUAUACAGCCCAUACGGAUUACAUGCAUUUCUGCACCAAACAUUUCACUGAAUAUGGACUUUAGGUAUCUCUUCUCUCUUGUGCCUGACUCCUGAGAAAUGUCCCGUAUCACCAGUUGUUAUGAAGAAAAUGAAAAGAAGCUGUAGCUAGUUUGCAUGUUACAGUUAACACCCUUUUUUUAUCUGUUUAUCAUUAUUUUCGGUCUGAUUCACCUGUUUAUAUCUCUAUUAUUUAAAUAUCUUCAGUUUUCUGUUUUGCAUGACUCUGCUUCACGUUUCAAGGGUUUUUAUUGUACAUGAAUAGUGUCAUAUGGUGGGUUGUGAAAUGCUUUGUAUUGGAUUGCCUUAAAUCAAAAUUAUUAAAAGCUGACUACUUUUAUAAA